UAUUUUCAUAAUAUUCCCCCUUUUUUAUUUUCAAGUGAUUUUGCUUUCGUGGGUAGUUGAUAAAUCUUAAAGCUUUAAACCCAGUAGUUUUGCAUUAAAAGCUAGCAUCUUUAUAUCUCUUCAUUAUUUUGUUCUUGCUUUCUUUCAUUUUUCUUUGUACUUUUUUAAACAAAGAAUCCCCAUUUCCAGUAGAUUAAUGCACCAAAGCUUUGAACUUUACUUUUAGUUUCAGUUUUUUCAUAAAACCCACAUCUCUUGUUGAUGAAUUCUACUUGUUGGUGAUAAAAGAAAAUGAUGGCAUACAUUUAUUUGCUUCUUCUAUUUCUUUCUUAUGGUGUUUCUUUGGUCACUUCUCGUUCUUUUCCUAGUGAUGAAGUUAUGGCUCUUACAACAUUUAAGGAAGAUAUAUAUGAAGACCCACAUCUGGUUCUGUCAAAUUGGAAUGUUUUAGAUUCUGAUCCUUGUGAAUGGUUUGGGAUUACUUGUAAUAAAGAGAGACAACAUGUUAUAAAGAUAAACAUAUCAUCUUCAUCUUUGAAGGGAUUUCUUGCACCAGAAAUAGGCCAAAUUACCUACUUACAAGAACUAACUUUACAAAAAAACAAGCUGUUAGGGAUAAUACCGAAAGAACUCGGCAUGUUGAAGUUCCUCAAAGUCUUGGAUCUAGGGAUGAACCGGUUGACUGGUCCGAUUCCUCCGGAGCUAGGGAAUUUAUCGAGUGUGGUGAAGAUAAAUCUUCAGUCAAAUGGGUUAACAGGAAGCCUGCCUGCUGAGCUCGGCAACUUAAAGUAUCUUGAGGAACUUCGACUCGAUAGAAAUAGACUUAAAGGAGCUGUUCCUGCUUAUAGCAAUUCAACAUUUACAGCUAAUACGCGUGGAAUGUAUGCGACACAUUCAAACUUACCCGGACUUUGUAGCUCAUCUCAGUUAAAAGUGGCGGAUUUCUCCUAUAAUUUUUUGAUUGGAAGAAUUCCGAAGUGCUUGGAACACCUUCCGAGCGCAAGCUUUCAAGGGAACUGUCUUCAGGCCAACAAUACUAAACAGCGUCCCAGCUCACAAUGCGGUAUAUACAUACACUGUGCCGAGUCUUCUGAAAGUCACCAAGCACCCAGCCCUAAGCAUCAGCGUGCCGAAGAUGUUGCAAAGCGUAUGAAAGCAUCGAAACCCGCGUGGCUCUUGGCACUUGAAAUCGUGACGGGAAUUAUGGUGGGAUCUCUCUUUCUCGUCGCUCUCCUUACCGCUUUCCAGAGAUGCAAUAGCAAGUCCGCAAUCAUAAUCCCUUGGAAAAAGUCCGGGAGUGGGAAGGAUCAUGUGGUGGUGUAUAUAGAUUCUGAGUUAUUGAAAGACGUCACUAAAUUUAGCAGGCAAGAGCUCGAAGUAGCUUGUGAAGACUUUAGCAACAUUAUCGGUUCUUCUCCUGACAGUUUGGUCUAUAAAGGUACCAUGAAGGGUGGGCCGGAAAUUGCUGUGAUAUCCCUCUGCAUUAAAGAAGAGCGCUGGACUGGUUAUCUCGAGCUCUAUUACCAAAGAGAGGUGGCAGAAUUGGCAAGAUUGAAUCACGAGAACAUAGGGAAAUUAUUAGGUUACUGUAGAGAGAGCACUCCAUUUACGAGGAUGCUUGUUUUCGAAUACGCAUCAAAUGGAACACUUUAUGAGCAUUUGCAUUACGGUGAAGGAUCUCAAUUAUAUUGGACAAGGCGAAUGAGAAUUAUUCUCGGCAUUGCUCGAGGACUUAAAUAUCUUCAUACAGAACUUGAUCCACCAUUCACUAUAUUAGAGUUAAACUCAAGUGCCGUGUAUCUUACAGAGGAUUUUUCUCCCAAGUUGGUUGAUUUCGAAAGUUGGAAAAGUAUUCUUUCCAGAUCGGAAAAGAACUCCGGCUCCGUCGGCAACAAUGGAGCCGUUUGUCUACUUCCUAAUUCCGUUGAAAAACGCCAUGUAGACAUCCACGGAAACAUCCAUGCAUUCGGUAUACUUAUGCUUGAAAUAAUCAGUGGGAGGCCUCCAUUUUGCAAGGAUAAAGGUUCCUUGAUAGAUUGGGCGAAGGACUAUCUCGAGUUACCGGAAGUAAUGUCUUACCUAUUAGACCCGGAGUUAAAACAUUUCAGAUACGAAGACCUCAAAGCUAUCUGCGAAGUUAUAUGCCUUUGUAUUCAACCAGACUCUUCGAAACAACCAUCGAUGGACGAAAUAAGCUCGGUUUUGGAGAGUAAGAUUGACACAUCGGUUUCGAUCGAGUUCAAAUCGUCUUCUUUGGCGUGGGCUGAACUUGCUCUCUCAUCAUGAUUGAUUUAAAAGCUGAACACACUGUACAUCAAAUACAUACAGUUUUACAACCCCUUUUUUAUCUUUGUAAAUGCUUCUGCCAUGCCAAACAAAGAUAAACAUUUGGCUUCACUUAUAUACCCAUUGGAUGUUGAGAAAAAAAAAAUCUCUGAAAUCAUAAAACAUUUGAUUAUGUUUGUAAAUUAUGUUGAUGUUGUUCUUAGCAUCAUACACAAAGAAAUUGUUGGUUUUAUUGCUUCUA